AUGUUUAACUUUGUUGGACUGAGCCUUGUGGUGCUGCUCUCAGCAACGGUAGAGGGAGUGGAGUAUGACUACUUCAAAUACCACCCCAUGGCGGAGAUAACUAGCUGGAUGACUCAGACUGAAAAGGAUAAUCCUGGUGUUGUAACCAUAGUGAACUACGGAAAGACCUAUGAGAAUAGGGACAUUAAGUUGCUCAAGAUUGGCCUGAAUACUGGAGCCGCAAAGAAAGGUAUCUGGAUGGACUGUGGUAUUCAUGCCAGGGAGUGGAUUGCUCCAGCCUUCUGUCAGUACUUUGUCAGUCAGAUCCUUAAAACAUACAAAACAAAUGCAAAAAUAGAAGAGAUGAUGAAGAACGUGGACUUCUACGUCACCCCUGUGCUCAACGUGGACGGUUACGUCUACUCGUGGAAGGACAACACAACUCGACUCUGGAGGAAGAACAGGUCACCAGGACCAGAAGGCUGCGCAUGUAACGGCACUGAUCUCAACCGCAACUUCUACGCCAACUGGGGAACAAUCGGAGUAGAUUUGACCGACUGCUGCUCAAACAUCUACUGUGGGACCAAACCUGAGUCUGAGCCCGAAGCCAAGGCCGUAACUAACUUUGUUGGACCUAAGAGUUCGGACUUCCUGUGUUUCCUCACCAUCCACUCCUAUGGCCAACUCCUCCUGAUGCCAUAUGGGCACCCCAACGUAAUCGCCCCCAACAACGAUGAGCUGAUGGAGGUGGGUUUGGCUGCAGCAGAGGCCAUAAAGAAAGUCCACGGGAAGGAAUAUAUUGUAGGAACUUCACCAAAUGUAUUGUAUCCCAACUCUGGUUCAUCCAGAGACUGGGCUAGGUUGCAAGGAAUCCCCUUCGCCUACACAUUUGAGCUGAGAGACAAAGGAGACUUUGGCUUCAAGCUUCCAGAGGACCAGAUCCAGCCAACCUGUGAGGAGGCCUACAGCGGAGCCUUGCACAUCAUCACCUACACCCACGACAAGGCCAUUCAUGGUAUUACUGGUGCCGUGACUACUGCCUCCGCAACCCUGUGGAGCAUGCUGUUGGCAGUAGGUGUUACCAGUGCCACUCUGAUGUGA